AUGGCAUUAGAGAUCAAGAAGCUGAGAGUCUAUGGGGACUUGUCAAUAGUGAUUUGUCAAACUCAAGGGAAGUGGAAGAUAAAGGAUGAGAAGCUAAAAUCUUACCAAGAACAUUUGGAGAACUUGACCAAGAGUCUUGAUGAAAUCACCCUCAAAUAUUUUUCGAGGGACAAUAACAGAUUCGCCAAUGCCCUAGCUACUUUGGCUUCAAUGGUUGAAUGCACACCAGAUACUCAAGUUCACCCAUUUUUGGUAGAUAGAAGGCAUGGAUCAACAUAUGAAGAGUCAGAAUUUGCUCUGACAACUGAUGGGAGGUCGUGGUCUGCACCCAUCAUUGACUUCAUUAGAGAAAGGAAAUAUCCUCCGAAUUCCAUAGUUGGUGAAUAG